AUGGAAGAGAUGGAAGAGGAGCUGAAAUGCCCGGUGUGCGGCUCCUUCUACCGCGAGCCCAUCAUCCUGCCCUGCUCGCACAACCUGUGCCAGGCGUGCGCCCGCAACAUCCUGGUGCAGACGCCGGAGUCGGAGUCCCCGCAGAGCCGCCGCGCCUCGGGCUCGGCCGCCUCCGACUACGACUACCUGGACCUGGACAAGAUGAGCCUCUACAGCGAGGCCGACAGCGGCUACGGCUCCUACGGCGGCUUCGCCAGCGCGCCCACCACCCCCUGCCAGAAGUCCCCCAACGGCGUCCGCGUCUUCCCCCCGGCCGCCCCGCCGCUGCCGCCCGCAGCCCUGGCCCCGCCGCCGCCGCCCCGCAGCGCCUGCCUGACGUGCCCGCAGUGCCACCGCAGCCUGGGCCUGGACGAGCGUGGCCUGCGAGGUUUCCCCCGCAACCGCCUUCUGGAGGCCGUCAUCGACCGCUACCAGCAAGGGCGGGCGGCCGCGCUGCGCUGCCAGCUGUGCGAGAAGGCGCCCAAGGAGGCGGCCGUCAUGUGCGAGCAGUGCGACGUCUUCUACUGCGAGCCCUGCCGCCUGCGCUGCCACCCGCCGCGGGGCCCGCUGGCCAAGCAUCGCCUGGUGCCGCCGGCGCAAGGCCGGGUGAGCCGGCGCCUCAGCCCCCGCAAGAUCUCCACCUGCACGGACCACGAGCUGGAGAACCACAGCAUGUACUGCGUGCAGUGCAAGAGCCCCGUCUGCUACCAGUGCCUGGAGGAGGGCAAGCACUCCAGCCACGAGGUCAAGGCGCUGGGCGCCAUGUGGAAGCUGCACAAGAGCCAGCUUUCCCAGGCCCUGAACGGGCUGUCAGACAGAGCCAAGGAGGCAAAAGAGUUCCUGGUCCAGCUCCGCAACAUGGUGCAGCAAAUCCAGGAGAACAGCGUGGAGUUCGAGGCCUGCCUGGUGGCCCAGUGUGAUGCCCUCAUCGACGCCCUCAACAGGAGGAAAGCCCAGCUGCUGUCCCGGGUCAACAAGGAGCACGAGCACAAGCUGAAGGUGGUGCGAGACCAGAUUUCCCACUGCACGGUCAAGCUGCGCCAGACGACGGGGCUGAUGGAGUACUGCCUGGAGGUCAUCAAGGAGAACGACCCCAGCGGCUUCCUGCAGAUCUCGGACGCGCUCAUCAGGAGGGUGCACUUAACCGAGGACCAGUGGGGAAAGGGGACGCUCACGCCCCGGAUGACCACGGACUUCGACCUGAACCUCGACAACGCCCCUCUGCUGCAGUCCAUCCACCAGCUGGACUUCGUGCAGAUGAAAGUUUCCUCUCCAGUGCCGGCCCCGCCGAUCCUGCAGCUGGAGGAGUGCUGCACCCACAACAACAGCGCCACGCUGUCCUGGAAGCAGCCCCCCCUGUCCACGGUGCAGGUGGAGGGCUACAUCCUGGAGCUCGAUGACGGCAACGGCGGCCAGUUCAGGGAGGUGUACGUGGGGAAGGAGACCAUGUGCACGGUGGACGGGCUUCACUUCAACAGCACGUACAGCGCCCGCGUCAAAGCCUUCAACAAAACCGGAGUCAGCCCGUACAGCAAGACCCUGGUGCUGCAGACAUCCGAGGAAACGCAGCCAGAAGAACAGACCCUCCCUUUUCCAGUGCCUUUGGAAAGAUUGCAGCUUCGUAGAAUGAGUCCUUUCUCCUCCACCCUUAAUCUACAACCCAGCUUUCCGGGGAGAUCCUACUUUGAGCUAAGAUCUUCGGCCCACCAGCUGAGCUUGCAUUCUUCUUUACAGUCCCUGAAUUCAGCCGGAUGCAAUUUUGAGACACAAGGAACGCCUUACUCUCAAUUAGUUGACAUUAAAAAAAUGGUGGCAGUAGCUUGGUUUUCUUUCGAUCCCUCCUCCGCGCACGCCGACAUCAUCUUUUCCAACGACAACCUGACCGUCACCUGCAACAGCUACGACGACAGGGUCGUGCUGGGGAAAACGGGCUUCUCCAAGGGGCUCCACUACUGGGAGCUGUCGAUCGAUCGCUACGAUAACCACCCCGACCCGGCCUUCGGCGUGGCGCGCAUCGACGUCCUGAAGGACGCCAUGCUGGGCAAGGACGACAAGGCCUGGGCCAUGUACGUGGACAACAACCGGAGCUGGUUCAUGCACAACAACUCGCACACCAACAGAACCGAGGGUGGCAUAACGAAAGGCGCCACGGUGGGGGUGCUGCUGGAUUUGACCAGGAGGACCUUGACGUUCUCCAUCAACGAGGACCAGCAAGGGCCGGUCGCCUUUGAGAACCUGGAGGGCCUCUUCUUCCCCGCGGUCAGCCUCAACAGGAACGUGCAGGUGACGCUGCACACCGGCCUGCCCGUCCCCGAGUUCUACGCCUCGCGCUCGGCCAUGCAGUGAGGAAGCUCCCGGGGCCGGCUGCCUCUGCUCGGGGCGAGAGGAGCCAGCCCGCUCCC